AUGACCACUUUUACGAAACCUGAUGUCUCUCACCCCUUUGGGUCCUCUCUAUACACCAACACGAGUCUUGGGACAGACAACGGGAGUGUUUCCAACAGUGUAUUCAGACAGAGCACUAUCUCCAAGAGCUCUAUUAAGUCUGACGGGGAAAACUCAAUGCUGGCUGAUGUUGUUGACAUGCUCGCUCGUCGCAGCAGUGAUGCGAUGAUAUCGACAAAAAUCCUGGAAACCGACUACGCAACAGUUCUACAAUGGAUUCGAUCAGAGAGAAUGGAGAAGCUUCCCGCUGAAGGAAGCAGCUAUGACAAGAUGUUAAUAUGGGCAGCAUUGUUCGUAGAGCGGCUGCAUUCGUUCGAUAAGGCAAUCGAAGAAUUCGCGGGAGACAGCCACAUGGCGGCUCAGCUUGCGUACGUCCAUUGUGCCAGUCUGUUAGAGCUCGGAGAAGGGAACUCUUGUGCCCUAAUGAGUCUAUUCGGCUUCUUCUAUCGCUGCUCGUCGGGCUUGGGGAGCGUUCUCGAUCUAGCCGAGUUCUUCCAGGUUUCUAGCGAUAUCAAGGACCAGCUCAGUCUGGCUCUUGCCGACCUGGUAACCUUGAUUGUGGGGAUUGCAACGCACUUCCGUAAAACCCUUCCGACAGUAGGGUACUUGCAUAUUGAUAUCUACUGCGAGUUUUCGGACCAAAUUCAUAACUUCCGCAGUCGGUGUGAGCGUAUUUCCGGGUUGAUGUGGAAAUACCAGCUGGAGCGCGAGGGGUAUGACAGUGCCAAAGUGACUGACACGAAGACAAUCAAGCGCUGGCUCGAACCGGAGGAUCCUGUCCUUGCCAACGUCGUCGAGGCCACGGCCCAGCUUGCCCAAGAGCGAGAAGAAUCCACCUGUGUGUGGAUGAUGUCCUAUCUAAAUCGCUUUUUGAAAGGAAACCGGCGAACAUUCGCGAUUUCUGGCAAUCCUGGAUCAGGAAAGUCCAUCCUUGCGACUGUGAUCAACGAUCACUUGCAGCAUCCCGUGGGAGAUGUCAGUUACAGAACCAUUUUUGUGCCAAUUAACAGUAGGGUCCUGGCAAACACCAUGCCUCGUGCUAUUGCAAAGACCAUUCUAUCCCAGCUCUUCGACCAGCAAAUUGGAAAUAUUCGCCUUUACCGCGUUCUUUCGGAUACAUACAGACGGUGCCUGGAGACCUUCGACAGUGAAGCAUACGAUGACAUUAUCUGGGGAGUGAUCGAAAGCGCACUUGAGGCUAGCCGGAAAGACGCGAAGGAACUAGUCUUGAUCAUUGAUGGCGUGGACGAAGCCAACGGUGGCGAAGCAGCUUUACUGAAGAGGCUCCGGCAUGCUACCCAUAACGCAAAGAGUACCAGGCUGAUCCUUCUCACUUCGCAGCAGGAGUCCAAGACCUCCCAGGAGGGACAGGAUACGGUACGCGUUACGCCAGAGCUUAUUCUGGAUGAUAUUUCGGCAGUUGUGCGGAGUAUCCUGCAGGGUAGCGACGGCUUCUCCAAAUCUCCUGAAGAGCGACGGGAAAUUCAAGUUACUCGGAUUGCUGAGGCUUCUAAUGGCUCCUUCCUGUGGGCUAAGCUCGCUUCGAAACAACUCCGGGACGAGGCCCCGUCCAACACGCAGGCUCUGAUAAAGGCAGUUGACAAUCUUGUCAGUAGAAAGCACACGAUUAAAGACAUCAUCCAUCGCACGCUACAUUCGAAUAUGACCGAAGAAGCGAUAAAACUUGUUGUUUGGCUUGCCACCGCUUGUCGGCCGCUACAGGUCCAAGAAUUGUCUGCUCUGCUAUCUGUUCAGCAAGAAAAGCAAAAGAUCAUAGAGCAGGACAGGGAAAGUCCACUUCAUAUUCUGAAGCCUGUGGCGUCUUUAGUCUUUGUUCAAAACAACUUGGUGUUCCUGCGGCACGCCAAAAUCCGCGACUCGAUCCUGGAGAUCUUCAACCAUGGCAAUAUCCUUCCUACAGUCAAGAACACAAACCUCGAUCUAGCCCAGCGGUUAUUGCUCUAUGCAAAGCUUGUAGUUCCGGAUGGACGUGAGCUAGCCUUGGAGCCAUUGGAAUCGAAUUUCACCCGCGACCUCAUCGAAAGACACCCUUUGUUGGACUUUGCACUCCGUUACUGGAUGGACCACCUGAGGAUGGCAAUGGGUUGCAAUACAGACCACGAAAUCUCUGCAGCUGCGAAAGAAAUUCGCAAUAUACUUCCGAGUAGCACAACCUUCUCCAGGCUGGAGAUGGCUAUUUGGCAGCACAAAGAGGCUCCAGUCCUGAUGUCUUUCCACGAUACCCAGACGCGCCUCUAUCAGUCGAUCCUAUCUUCCAAACAGCCAGCCACUCUUCAGACAAUACUAUGUCAAGUGACUUUCUAUUGGACUAUCCAUAAGGUCCCAACUCAAGCUGACCAGGUCUUCUAUAAUGCCAUCAAGAUCUGCCAAGAGCUACUCUCGGCUCAACACAGUAUCACGAUGACGGUGGCACAAUAUUUCUUGGACAUAACUACUAGACAAGUGACUACCUCAAAGACCACGACCAUGGUGAAGCGAAUUGAAGUACUGCACCUCCUUGUGGAGAGCUAUAAGGUUCUUUAUGGAUCGGCAAGCGAUAAGUUCAUUUCCACUUCCACCCAGCUUGCGGAACAUUAUCAUUACAUCAAGGAAGAGCGCAAAGCCGAGGAGAUUAGAGUCUCCAUCGGUACUCGUCAUCCAGGAGGUACACAAGAUCCGAUCAAACCCCAAUUGCCCGAUCACUCGCUGCACAUACACCUUAUCGGUCGGCCGCAAGUCAUAGAGGGAGGGGCAAACCUCAAGCUGGACGAGAUUGAGAUGGAUAUGGAGGUUAGCAGGUCUUUCGAGUUUGAAUCACUUCUCAGCAAAGCAGAACAGUAUGCAAAGGCUGAGGACCAUAAAGCAGCCGAGCUCAUUUACCUUGAAAUCUGGCAGCGCAGCAGCUGGGAGUCCCGACUCCACAGCUCCUUAGAGUGGGAGCUAAGAAAGAUGAAGGCUGCUCAGGCCUACUCGAAGUUCCUCAUUUCGCAAAAGCGAGAGAGUGAGGUCGCAGCCGUUCUCUGGGGUUUCUGGCAAGAAUAUGAACAGGCCGGCUCCACUCUGGAAGAGGCAGUUGUAUCGCAAUUAAUGCAAGUUGCAAAACUUAUGAAAUCCGUCAAGCUGGAGACCGUGGCACUGCAGGUUCUGAAGCAUUGUGCUCAAAGCAUCAAUCAGCAUAGCUCGAUUUACGCGGAGCUCAAGCAAGCUAUACAGUCAACCUCCGAGUAUGUGAUAGAGAACGAGUCCACGGCGACUGAAUCAACCCUUGAGGAGAUUGUGUUUAGCACCGUUACUACAAAGCAAUUCUCAACCAAGGCCACCACUUCUCUGAUCAACAUGUACCUGUCUCAGCGUAGAUGGCACGACGCUACACAAGCCAUGAAGCGGGUCUUGCGGAGUAUCUGGCCAGCGUUAUUCGCCCCAUCGCUCGAAGAGGUUGUCCUUCCAUCGAAGAAUGUGGACUACUGUGUUCAGCUGGCUGAGCGCUUGAGUAACUGCUAUCGUGCCAGACAGCGAUCAGUAAAAGAGGAAAACGUUCGUCUUCGGGUCUAUCGUGCUGCCCGACGUGACCGACCCUGUGGUGACAAGCUCCGUGAUCGCGCCACGACCGCAAUUUUGCGCUUCUAUGAACGGUCCUCCAAAACCGACGAACUCAUCAGUAUCCACCAGGAAGUGUUAGACGACUAUACGAAGCAGCAUGGGCAGGCCCAUCCGACUGUGCUCAAGGAGCUGUGGGCUUUGGCCACGUUGACCCACCUGCGCCCUGUCUGCGUCGAUUACUAUGGACAGAUUGUGGAGAUCCUGAACAAGGAUACCACUACCUGUCACCCGGACGCCUUUGAGCCGCUGCUUAUCGUGGUCGCCGAGCUUCUCAGCCAAGGACGCUUUGCUGAGGCAUUGCAGCCUUGCCAGACUUUGUUCAGCACCUUGCAGCAUCGACAUAUCAACCCCAAGCUGAAAGAUCAGGCCUUCGUCAAGCUUACCUACGAGCGCUAUGUGCAUUGCUUACGGAUGACUCGCGCUGACACCGUCACUAUUCACGAUGUGACGAUGCAGUACCGGAAGGCAUGUCGAUCCCUCUUCGGGGUUACCGCGACCAUCACGGUGCAAGCCACGACUACACUGGCACAAAUUUGCCAGGAAAGCUAUGGAUACAAGAGUGAGGCGAUCGCACUCUAUGAGGAGUUAUUGAAGCUCAAAGCAAGCCAUGUUGAUCUCGACUAUGAUGGAAUCGCAGCGACCUUAGAUGCGUUGUACGAGGAACAGGAGGCUACACUGACUUCAAAUAUGGAGACCAUUACAACCGUAGAGUUCUACAGGGUGGUGUCUCUUCAUAGGAGACGUCUCGAGGCCACACGAUCCAAACACGGAUGGGCUCACCAGGAAUCACUCUCCCAGAUGGAGAAGCUCGUAUCGCUCUAUUCUCGACGCAAUGAAUUCCAGUCGGCCUUCUCCUUAUUGCAAGAAGCAACAUCCCAAGUUCUCUCGAAGGAGACCUCGGCGGUCAAUCUGUGCCUAGCAGCCCAGAGUAUUGCCUCCAGCUUUAUCACCUCGUGUCAGGUCCAACGCGGCAAAGGAAUGGCACAGGAGAUCUACCGGCAGAUUGUGGCAAGGGAUAUCGAAGUUGGCUCUAUCAGCUUUGACUUGUCCACAGACCAGCGUCAAGCCCUUGUUUUCCUAGCCCAGCUCGAGUACAGUCUCCAGGAGCGGGAGGCCUCGUCUAUCACCAUGAACGAGAUUUACACGUCAUUGGUGACUGAAUAUGUCUAUUUUGACCAACUUCGAACUGCAAUGAAGUCAAAGACCAGUAGCUUCCAGAGCACGUUGUCUAUCGUCCACCGCCUACAUGGUGUACUGCUAUCCCGAGGUCGUCAGUCAACCGCGACCGGACUCAUCGAGAAGUUCACCCACUAUUUCAUAUCUGCCGAGAGCGAUACCGUCGAUGUCACCUUUGUCCAGGGCAAGGUCUUUGUCACCACGCUUCUCGAGUACUUUAGAUCUCAUUCAUCACGCGAUUAUAUCAGCUCUGUCGCCAUCGCCAGCUACAACGGCGUAGCCCAACUCCUGGCCUCCAAGGAGUAUCAUAAAGCAUUUGACUUGGCGUCGGUCUCAUUCAAGUACCUUCGGGCCCAUCACGGCUUUGCCUCAUUGACCGCUGUUAAGCUGGCAUUUAAAUUAUGCCUGGCGAUUUCCAGCCGAGACAUCAAAUCCUUUGUGGAGCCCACCGUGCGAAAGGAGAUGCUUGGUUUAUCGGUCGAGAUCGUCAAGGGAGCUCUGGACAAGUUUAAGCAAUUGAAACUUGAUCUAACUCAGUUGGACAAUGUCAAUUUGGACCGCUUGAUCGGGCUGCUGGACGAACAGAAGGAAUAUUCCACCUUGGCUGGCGUGCUUACCUCCCUUUGGAAUGCUCGCGAAACCCGCAGCACGGAGCAGCAACAGCACCGCUACACUCUUGCCCUUGGCCGGAUGCUUGUUAUUACGCGCUACAUGAUUGACCACCACGUGGAUGCCAUCCGUCUGGCCGAAGACAUUGUAUAUAACUGUGCUCGUGUGCAUGGCGCACGACACCCCAGUACCGUCGAGAUGACUGUGCUCCUGUCGCAGAUGUACACGAGCGUGGCACAGGGAUACCAAAACCAGAAGGACUACCGCGACCUGGCGUUCCGGUACUACAAGAAGGCUGCAGUGCUACAUGAGAACGCCCUACGAUCCUUCGUUGACUCAUCGUACUUCUCUUCCAGCCUCGGAGACACGAGUAGCCCCGGUGGCUCGAGUGUCAGCAGCCCCGGCGAUGCAGCAGAAAGCGAAGGCAAGUACGUUCGACAGCAUCUACGACUGCUCAAACUCGCUGUCGAGCGCUUGGGAGACUGGCCGAAGGAGUACUCGGAAUACGAAACGCUGAAUACCGAUAUUUUCAAAGCCUUUGGAAAUGAGCUCAAGGGAGUGGAAGGGGUGGAAAAGUGGGACUUGAAGAGAUUCGGGUGCGGCCAGGCUGAAGCCACUGAUGACUUGAUCAUGCCUGCCUCGGAGGAAGGCGUCGUUCUACAUGAAGGCUUCGCAAUUCCUGUGUAG